CGUGGGCUUUGUGUUGAACAAUAGCAAUAUCAUUGUCAACAGACAUCAACUAUAUUCACAGUACUGGUAUUUAUACAUCAUUGUUACGAUUCAUCUUAUAUAGUACGGGCUUGGAUCCCUCCAGCCAAGCUUUUCACGUAAUAUACAAGGUGAUUGUUUGCUGGUUACACCGCCGCGCUCCCUCCAACUCCAACCCCCCCCCGCAAUCAUGGCAUCAGAGUCACGGCUUUAUACCUUCUCCCAGGAGACAAAAGAUAGACUACGGAAAUUCCGCCUAGGAACCUCUCGUGCAAAGGAUCCUCAGGCGGUCAUUUAUUCAAUCGACAAAAAAACCCUGGAAAUAUCCCCCGAAGAUGGAGAGGUGUACACCGACAUAUCUGCCUUAGGGGAUGAACUACCCGAUCACGCGCCUCGAUACGUCCUAUUAUCCUAUCCACUCACCCUGCCCUCCGGCCGCCUCUCCGUCCCCUACGUCAUGCUCUAUUACCUACCGGUCAACUGCAACCAAGAGGUACGGAUGUUAUACGCCGGCGCCAAGGAGCUCAUGCGAAGCACGGCGGAGGUGGGAAAGGUCGUUGAGAUUGAGGAAGUGGAGGACUUGGAAAGUAUUGAAGAGAAGCUACUGGAGGGUGCUGAUUAGAUGAUGUCGAGCAAUUGCUUCCCAGUCUGUGGUUGUUCUUGUUGGGGUUAUACGAUCGAGUUCAGGAGGAGUCUGUACUGGAUCUAUCAGAGGACGUUUGGGGGCAAUGGCGUUGGAACAGGUGUCUCCUCCUUGUCUCAGAAUUG